UGAAUCCAAUCUCCCCCCAGUACUUACCCAGGUACAGAGCUCUGUGAUUCCUGUCUCUGCCAUGAAGGAGUUAAGCACGCCGCGCCAUUAUUUGCUAGUUAAACACAAUAAUACAUCUCUGCAGGUGGAUUUUUGAUACAUGAGCAGAAAUAACAGGCGGAUAAUGAGGGUCAAUCACCACCUUUCAUCGUGUCACUAAUCAAACACAAAGCUCAGUGUAGGAAUUCAGUGCAACUAUAAAACAUUAUACUGUUACCAACAAGGCGUGCCGUGUAACCGCUAACCCAAACAACACGACUUGCUCUCUGAUAUCCGAUAAGCACAAUUGGCUGAUAAUAUAGGCCUACCAGGAACCAGUGCUUGGCCAUUCAUAUCCAGUAGCCGACAACGGUUCUCGAGCUGCCGGCGCCUUGUUACUGUUUAGUAGAUGUGUGCCAGCCAAGCUAAUUGUUUUGGGCCGGUUUUAGUUGGAGAGAAGCCACAACAAAUACACGAACAAAAGUCGUGGAACGCAGACUUGAAAUUACCAACAUGAAUGCAAAGGAAGACCAGGGUCUUGGGGAGGUCUCCUGCUGAGGAGCUGAACCCAUGAUCUUAGCGUCAACAAGGAAAAAGAGGGUCACACUUCCGGGGGUUCUUCAGUCUGGAAGGAGGACCUUCAGGAGCUGCCAGUGAAGAUCUAAAAGGUGCUGAUACCAAUAGACAAGAAGUAGGCAACUGAUGCACCUUCUGACUGCAAACCUCAGGAUCCUUCUGCUUGGCCAAGUUGCUCUGUAGAGCCCAGCAUGUUUAUUUCUGGCUAAGGCUCUCUGUAACCCUAUGGAUACUCCUUGCUGGAAGAGUUUUCUGUAAAGAUCAGGACCAUUUUGCCUGCUUUCUUUGUAGACAAACAGCCUACACUUCCUUGGGACAUUGAUGUGUUGAAGAUGCCCCUUCCGACUCUUCUUCAGAAACGUGCCAAUGCCCUACAGAGACAACUCCUGUCUGUCACUCUACUUCAAGAGCUAGAACACUUCCUAAAGAAGCAGGGGCUUCAAAAAUGUUCUGGGCAAAAGGUGAAGUUCUGCAAUGAGGAAAGCAUCUUAAGCUUCGAUCGCAAUGAAAACCUGCGCUUGGAGGAGAAGUUCCGUUUGGAUGACCUGCGCCUCCUGCAGGAAGCCUUCGCUAAGCACAAUUCCGACGGCAAAGAGACCAAUUGCAAAGAGGAGUCCGACGAUCUCCGAGCGACGAGGCGCAGAGCGAAACAGGAGGCGCGGCCUGCGGGAAACAUGACCCUCGAUGAAUUCCGCCGGGUUCUCUGCGACCUCUUCGGGUCGGAAUGUUUCGACGACGACAUGGAACUUCUGUUUAACGAGGUGGACACCUCCUGUGACGGCUACGUAGACUGGGGGGAGUUCUGCACUUACCUGCUGCUGCAAUACAGGAAGCGAGACUACAGGAUGAUUGGCAGGGUGACCUUCCUGGGACAGCCAGUCAUACGGCUUUGCACUCGCAACAAGCAAGAGCCAACCAGCAGGAUCCUCGCCAUCAGCUCCCCCCCUCCCAUGUGGCUCCUCAGUGUGAGCAAAACCGGCGUCCUCACUACGUGGGAUUUGGCCCUGCACCCCCAGAAAUCCUACGAGGUUGCUGCUGAAUACCCAGACUCCCAAGCCGGGAAGAGGAGGUUCAAGUGCUGGGUAACGGACGCUGUGCAUCUGCCCAACGCUAAUAAAAUCGCCAUCGCCACCACCAGCCGUGACAUCCACUUCUUUGACGUCUCCACCAUGAACUUGUUUGAGGAGUUUCACCUGUUUGCUCUGAAUCACGUUCCCACAACCUUCUCAUAUUGGUACAACAAACAGUCCCCAGAGAGUCGGUCCCUGCUGUUGUGGGGAGGAGAUAAUGGGGCGAUGAAUGUUCUUUGGCUGCUCCAACCCCAGACGGGGGUAUUUGAGAAACCAUUUAGCCAGCAUCCGGGCCCUACUAAAAUCUACAUGCAGGAGCUGAAAGAUCACAGCAAACUGCUGAGCUACCAGGUUAUCCCCGACGUUCACCCCGAGGCCAUCACCAAACUCAUAUACUGCCCGGAGAAGCAACUGAUCAUUACAUCAUCGGGAAGCGCCCAAUCCUCGCUGCUCAUUAUGGACAUUAACCAGAAGGGAAAGGUUUAUACGUGGAAGAUUAACAAGGGGGUGCAGUGUUUCGACUACUGCCGGGCCUUGAAUCUGCUGGUAACUGGGGGGUUCGACCACAAAGUGCGACUAUGGAAUCAAUACGUCACGUGUCGCCCCAUUGCCGUCCUACCGGAACAUUCCAUGGCCAUCCUGGAUGUGAUGAUCUAUCAGCCCCUGGGGCAAAUAUUCAGCUUCUCCAAAGACUCUGUGCUAAAGGUUUGGGACAUCCCCUCACAGACGUGCCUGCACACCCUGGUGCUGAAGUUCCCCUGUAUCCAGCCCGGCAGGAUCCAAGAGCAGGGCAGCUUCCCCUUCCUGCUGGUACCCACCAACCCCAGCCGCUUACUGGUCUGCUACUCCGACUAUAUUGGCAUUCUGAGACUGGCACGGGCUGAGCCCACGGAGGGCACUUUCUUCACACACAGGGCACCUGUUACCUGCCUCCUCUACAGCAGCUUCUGCCAUCUGAUAGUUACGGGCAGCGAAGAUUCCACGGUUGCCGUGUGGGAUGUGGAGACCGGCGCCAAAUCUCUUCUACUCGGCAACGCGCACGGCCAGGAGGAAGUCACUUGCAUGGCGCUCGACAAAGCGCAGAGGAGGCUCAUCACUGGGGCGAGGAACGGCACCAUAAAGAUCUGGAACAUUCAGAACGGGCACAACCUGCACCAACUGGAGCCGGUGGAGGAUGCGGAGAUCACUUGCAUCGUGGCCUCGCAGGAGAAUGUGUUCCUCACUGUCGGCUGGAACCGGAAAAUUGUCACUUACGACAUCCCCAAAACCAAUGAGGUGUAUGUGCCGGCCAAUCACUCGUGGAAAGGAGGGCAACUUCACCAGGAGGAUAUCCUGACUGCUGAUUUCUGCCCCUCCCUGGGGCUUCUUGCUACAGCCAGUUUUGAUGGAGAGAUCAUUCUGUGGAACGCGGAGACUCAGAGACUGUAUCUGUAUCUGCGGCAGUGUCCCCAAGCAAGGUCUCCGGCACCGGUGGAUAAACUCUUCUUCCUCCAGAAACGUUCGGCAAAGAGAGAAGCCGCCAUUCUGGUCAGUUCGGAGGCGGGGACCCUGCGUUGGUGGCGAGUGACCAAUGGUGGGCAGGAAUGGGGGAGUUUCUAUGCCCAGGAUGAGGCAGACUGCUCUGUAUUGGGGUUAGCAAGUGACAAGGCAAACAGGGUUCUGGUAUCGGGAGACACCCUGGGAUUGGUCCAGGUGUGGGACAUUUCCGCCUAUGGGCUACAGGCCGCCGCCCAGACCUACACCUGUAGGCCACCCCUACUUUACUCUUGGGGGGCCCAUGACAGCGCCGUAGUCAGUGUGGAACAUUUCUUGUACGACUCGGAACCAUUCAUUGCCAGCGGCUCCUCCGACAAAACGGCCAAACUGUGGACAGUGGACGGGAAGCAAGUGGGAACGUUCGGCCAAUCCAAAUGCUGGAAACUAAGUGACCCCACCUCUUACCUGGACAGCAGGUCGGAGGGAAGUGAAGGAAAGGGCCCCCGGGGCGCAGGAGGGCUGGAGAUCCUGCCGGGAGUAACUGAGAUACAGGAGGAGAAUAGCGAGGGCAGAGCUCUAACACCCGCCCCCGAGGAUCUGCCUGAGAUACUGAGCCAAGAAAUUCCUGACCUGGCAACAGGAUCAAGUUCCGAGGCCAGCUUGGGAAGUGCGCAGGAAGAGAGCACAAACAUGGCCGCCGCUAGGAAAGAGCGCAGGCAGCGCCUCACUGACAUCGAUGUGAAUAAGUGCAACCGAUUUGGCCACAUCUGCUCCCCAUUCCAAGCCUUGAUCACCCCUGCCGUACAGGAGAUCAGCUUGCCCCCGGGCCUGCCCGUGAUGAUGAGGAGCAGCAGUGGUGCCAGCAGUGAGCGACAGGACUCAGGGAUUGGGGGCAGAAUGGAUCCAGGAGAAUUCAACCCACAAGGGAGUAAAAACUCACAGACGCUACAAGAGAAAACAUAGGGCCCAGGGGCCCGGCACCGAGUAACCACCAUGGGACAAUGGCAAUACACAAUCCUCCAAUAAGAA